GUUGUAUCGUAAAGUGGGUCUGUUUAACGGUAGUUUGUAAUGCCGAGCUGUACUCGUGUUUUUAUCUUGGAAAAUACUUCAUAUUUAUCGUGUUAUUGUAGCCUUCACGUAUUAAAGUGUCUUCAAAGCGAAGGUUGAGUCGGGUGUCUAAAGUUAUCAUAGCAGCUAGCUACCAUUAGCUUGUUUAUUAACGUUAUUUACUCAAGUUAGCUGUGAUCAAAUUUAGCCUGUACUUACUUUCACUUUCCUGGAAGUCUUGCUGGGUGUUGUCGCUUACGUAUAGAUAGCUAGCUUCAACACUGGACGGUCACUUAGGAGGUGCCCUCUUCUCUGCCAGGAUGCUCCUCAUUGUCCUGGUAUGCAGCCUUUUUCUGACUGGCACAGCACAGGAGGCGGACAACGACUGGAUAGACCCUUAUGAUAUGCUCAACUACGAUGCAAGCACCAAAUCGAUGAGGCAGACUGCAGAGACAGAACACUAUGACAACGUGCCAACCAAGAGAAGAGUGCAUACUCAGGACCCCAACCAGCAGCUGGAGCUGACGUCGUGUAGCAGACAAGUAGUGGAUCAAAAGAGACUGAUUGACGAACUGAAGAAGAGAGUCACGACCAUCUCACAGGAGCCUACAUGCAAUCCAGUGUUCAGACGAUUUCUUACCAGACUCCAGAAAGAAAUACAAAAAGUUGGUUUGCCCAGUGACUCAACGGACGUCUUCUAUGAUGCCAAAAUCCAACUGUCCACACAAGCCAUGACAGAGAUUCAGACUUUUCUGGAAGGUGAAGACAUCUGGAGAACAGGAGCUCUGGACGAUGCCAUCAGUCAGAUCCUGGUAGAUCUCAGACCACAUAACUACGAGACCUGGACGUGGCGUUUUGAAGACACCUUUGGUGUGGAGCUUGACACACUAUUAAAAGUGGGGCUUGGUGUUCUGGUCUUAGUGGCCAUCAUAUGCACUCAGCUGUGGUCAAUGGUGUCCUGGUUCGUGCAGUUCAAGAGAAUGUUCGCUGUCUGCUUUCUUGUCAGUAUUAUCUGGAACUGGCUCUAUCUGUACAAGAUUGCCUUCGCUGAGCACCAAACCAAACUAGUGAAGAUGGAGAGCUUUCAAAAAUGCGCUGGAAUGAAGAAGAUUGACUGGAGCGAUAGCUUGAAAGAGUGGUACAGAAGCACCUGGACUCUUCAAGAUGACCCUUGUAAGGAAUACUAUAAAGUCCUCCUGGUCAACCCCAUUUUACUGGUACCUCCAACCAAGGCGAUAGCUGUUACCUUCACAACCAUGAUCACAGAGCCGCUGAAGCACAUUGGGCAGGGUAUAAGUGAGUUUCUUGUAGCCCUCCUCAAAGAUCUACCGAUUACCCUGCAGUUCCCAGUUUUCAUCGCUAUCGUGCUCAUCAUUCUGGUAUGCAUGUAUGGAGGAGUGCAGGCAGUCUUCCAGUAUGGCAUCACCGCACCUUUCCGCCGCCCUCGAAGGGAUCCGCCUCCGCUGGAGCAUCACAUCCAGGAAAUCGAGGAUGGUGACCACUUAGCAGUCGGGGACGCACCGCAACAUGUCCUGAUGCCCCGAGCCGCCGGUGAUGACAGAUUAAACAGGAACCAGGUUCAACAGAGGCGGCUCAACAGACCCAGGGAGGCGCCAGCGAAAGUGGUUGUGGAGACACUUCGCACAGCUGCGCCUCCCGACAGCGGGGAUGACACGGAUGCUGAGCCGCGUGAAGCGGAGCAGAAUCUUUCUGCGGAGUCAGAUUCAGAAAAUCAGCAGCAAGAGGAGUUCGAAGGAGAGAGUGCUAGUGGUGUUUCUGCUAACACAACCCAAACAAAAACUCCAUCAAAGACUAAACUUCCGAAAGUGAAUAAAAUGAUUUCUCAAGAUAAACUCAGCAGAAAUGGUGCAGCACCCAGAUCUAAGCCAGCAGGAAAGCGGCCUUCACAAACGGAUGUUCGGCUUUUCCCAUGCACUAAUGGGAUGGUGAAUAUUCACAUGGGACAUAAAUUGCAGAACCUGCAGGCCUCAGCAGAAGACAGGACGCCUCCUGUCUCACUGCUGCCCGUUGAAACUGUCGGAGUUCCUGUUCAGGAGACGUCUUCAACACCAGCGGAGGAGGCAGCUUCUUAGAAAGAAGAUUAACGUCAUCAGCGUUUGGUGCCUCUUUGUUGGACUGUGGAGGUGGUGAUGCCAAGAAGAGUUAAUGUCACUGACUUACAGGGAUUGUUAAAAUGCGCAUGUAAAACAUUUGAAAGGUAACCCAAUCGGGGGAACCAGCCCAGUGUUGCCAACUUACUUUAUCUGGCUGCUGUGCGGUUAACUGUGCCUGCAGAAUCACCAAUACUGUUUGGUGAAUGAGCCAGACUAAAACGGGUAUCAGGGAAACAGGAAAUGGAUAUGUUGAAAAUCAGCAUUGUUUUUUUGAUCCGGUGUUUCAGUGCGUCUUACCUAUGGGGAGGAAUCAAGGUCUUACAAACAAGGUUUUCCUAGUUUUGCUGUAAUGAUAACAAAAGACUGUUUAAUUAUUACAAUGAACAAAUGAAAAUGUUUUGCAAUUAUGAAGUUGAAAUAUAAAUUUGGAUUAUGUCAUUUAAAAGGGAAAAAACUAUUAGUUUAUGCUGUUUUCUUUUUCACAAUAAGACAUUUUUGUGAUUAAAGUUGUAAUUUAUAAACUUUUAUUUACCAUUUCAUCAUUGAUACAAAGUCUUGAAUCAAUAAAAAAAUUUGUAUCAGUCGGGGAAUAAUAUUCUUACACAAAAAGGACAAAAUGUAGAAAAGGGGAAUUGUUUUGGUUUAGUAGUGUCGUAGUAGUUUGCAGCCAAAAGGUUCUAAUGAACCCAAUGGGAGACGUACACCGCUAGCGACUAGCUGGUGCACAUAGUGCAUCAUGUAGCAGCUAAAGAGCCAAAUAUUUCCCUCAGCAGUUGGUUGAGAGCAGAACAAAGCUUAAAGGAGAGUAAGUAUUGGACUUAUAUUUAUCAGGUGGACACGAACAGGACUUCACAUGAAUGAUAAUGUUGCUCUGUGUCAGCUGAAUGUGUAAAUAAGAUCAAAUGUUUGCUGCAUGUCAUUUUAUAAGGUGAUCCUAUAUCUUUAUCAUGUACAGUUUUUUCUACCGUCACCAAAUGGCCACAAGAAAAGAUGACCUUCAGAAAGAAAAUAUGUUUUAUAUUGGGUGUUUUAUUCAGACAUUAUAUUCUGGGGCAUUUUCAUUAGGAAAUAAAAUGUUGUUACAAUGUC